UAAAUACCAAACGCAGCUUUAAAUAAAUAGAUAUGAAGUUUAGUCUUCAAUAAAUGUAUAUUUGGGAUGGUCUGUAUUUUGGCUAGUAAUUUAACGUAUAUAAAAUGUAAUUCAAAAUUAGCAGAAACAUUGUAAAUGUAUACCUACUGUAAGUGCAGGCUAUAUCAUAUAAAAUACCUUCAAUAAUAUAAAGAUUACAUCUUGAUUACAGUGGGAAAAAUGGACAUAAACAUACUAUUGCCACAAUACUGUCAUGUUUAAGUAUAUUUUAAAUCUUAAGAAAUUAUUGAAUUCUGAGCAUUGUAGCAGAAAUCAGGGAGUCAAUCUUACCAGAAAGUCCAACUCGCGCUGUAGAUUAAUAGUCUUCCUGUUUGGCGAGUGUGUGUGUGUGUGUGUGUGUGUGUGUGUGUGUGUGUGUGUGUGUGUGUGUGUGUGUGUUUGCACAGGAGAGGCUCAGCUGGUUCCCUUAGCAGUGGAACUACACAGUAUGUAAAUACACCUAGAAGCUCCGCCUCUUACAGUGAUAGAGUGACAGAGAGAGGUGAGGAAGAAAGGGAGAGAGAGUAGUGUGAGGAGCAGCAAGAUGGCACAUAGUGGCGGAACAAGGAAAGGAAAAAACAGACAAAGGUUGUCUGAAAGAAUGAAUGCUCACUCAGGUGUGAGCACAGUGGGCCAGUGGGGAUGGAAAAAAGGGGGCGGGUUUGAGGUCAGAACACAAGUAUGAGGUUGUCAAAUCUGCACCCCCUUCCCGCCCCCCUCCUUCUCAUCCCUUCAUCCUGUUUACCGACUUUCAAAGGACUUCUGUGUAUGCAAGUAGAAGAGGGAGUAGAUUGGGGGUAGAAAUAGUGAGUAAAAUCACAACACCUCCUGCAAAAGCUCAGAAGAAGAGUGUUGAAGAUCAGUGGGUGCAGACAUGACUCUUUGCAGAUUCUUUCUGGUUAUCUUGCUUGGCCUUUUGCUCACGCCGACCUCUGAUGCUGGAAGACAGAUGACUAAACUUUCCACCAAGAAACUCUGUGCAGACUCAGACUGCAGCUAUGCCAUCCUGAUAGCUCGUGCUACGCAGGACUAUAACCCAGAAGACUGCAGGUUCAUCUCCAUUAGGCAGGGGCAGCUGGUUUAUGUCUACGCCAUGCUGCAGGACACUGGCAACCUCUUCUGGGCCGGAAGUGUCCAGGAUGGAGAACAGGGGGCUCGACUCGGUCACUUUCCCAGCACUGUGGUGGAGGAGGUGCAUCCUCUCAUGCCAGCUAACACAGAAGUGAAAACGACAAAAUGGGACUUUUACUGUAACUGAACUGGUAUAAAACUAGGAAGAGAUCAACCGUCUGGUUAUUUUACCUUACACAAUUAUAUAAUUGGUACACAUGCACAUUCAAAAGCAAAUCAAAAAAUUCGAAAAGCAAUAAUUUUUUGGUAGUUUGCAGUGGUUUAGAAUUGCACUGUUUCUGAUAUCGCCGCCUUUCACUACGAGCAAACUCCAAUCACAGUGAUAAAUCAUUUUAUGAAUACAGUGGUACCUUGGCUCAGCAUAUAAUUGUCUUUUGACUAAUUGUUAUGCUUUGGGCUGUGAGCAAAAAUGUGGGUUCCAACCCUCCCCAUUGCUAGUGGACGUAGCGAAUUGUCAUGAUCUCUCAUGACAUUAUUAUUAGUUUCUAGUAUUUUAUUUUUUUUUGCCUCCUUUUGCCAUCACUUUGUUUGUCCAUGCUUCUUGUGACUGUUUGGUCUUUUAGCGCACUUCCCUGCUGCAAUAUUUUUGCUAUUAAAUACUUUUUACCUUCAGUUUGCCUGCCGUCUCUCCACCCUGGGGCGCGACCAGCACAAUUAUGACAUGAAACGCAACACAAAUGUCACAGUGAACCCCAAAAUAUCCAAUGAUUGUAGUUGUAUAUAUUACAUUCUAUUGUAUUGUAUUUGAUAAGGGCUGCUCCUCCCUGUCACAGAUCACAGGGCUCCGUUUUGCACGAUUAAGUCAAUUAAUAUGGCGCUUAAUAUUAAUUUUUUUCACAAACUUAUUCCUUGCUCCUUCCUGCUCUGUCACUGAUAAGAAUGUAAUAGCAAAUUUUCCAUGGUAUUAUUAAUGGGUCCAGUAUAUUUGACAUACUGGGUUUUGUUUCCUGCAGAGUGUUAAGGCAAAAAGGUUUGU